UAAACUUUCAAAUGCGCAGAGGGCGCCACCGAAGCCCGCCAAAGAAAGUUUUGUUUACAAUUUAAUUUUGCGAUUUUGCGUUUUCUACAAGUUUUUACACAACAAUACGACAGAAACUUUAAAUGGCCGAGAAAUGUGUAUCAUCUUUUCACAUCCAAAAGCUUGGGCACGAAAUUCAGGAAAUCCGAGAACGGGCUCUCCUCAAUAUAAUCUCAAAACUGGACCACGGAUUCGAGUUCGACAACCCCUUGGCUCGAAGUCGUGAGAUUUUAACGAAAUUGUUUGAAUGGUUUUUAUUUGAACCCUGUACUAAACAGGACCUUGUCUUCGGCCUUAUUAAACAUAUUCUCGAGUCAACAAGUGGCAAGACGUUAUUAAGCCACCAUGGCCCCACACCGUUUAAAAAAGAAAUCGCACAAAUCCGGUCUUACAUUGAACCCAAAUACCACCAUCAACUCGAGGAAAUUUUACAAGUUUUGGACAGAAGUAGCGUGUUUGUGCCUCCACUGGAGACCGACGUGCCCCUCAGCUACAGGACGGGUCAAUCCGAGCCUGUGGGGAGCACGGCAACCCCCAUUGAGGGGUUCGUCCACCAGGAUGCUUCCGUACACCAACACAACACGCCCCGGAAAUUAGAUAGCCCCCAUUCAAACCACCAAAUUGACCCUCUAAAGUGGCAAAUGUUGAUUGAAACCGACCGACAAGUGUUACAAUCGAUUGAAAAUUCACUCAUAAACCCCCCACAACCCGCAUCGUUGCUCCACUCGGCCGAGUUUUUCUCAAACGUGCUUUUACGCGAUUUUCCGGCCGAAGUUUUCCUCCAAAGACCCACAAUCACCACUGCAUUUUAUGACUUAAUCAACAAUUGCACGUCCACAAGAGUCACAAAUUCGGUCCUCAACUGUCUAAACCAACUAACAAAAGCGCUACAAGUCAGAAUUAAUCACUACAAUGAUCCUUGUUUGUCCACAAGUAAGGAAAAUACCCAAUCAAGAGCAUCGACGCCGAUCACGUGGUCGAAAUCAAGCCUCUCCAGCCGGUCACGUGACGAAACCGAACGACUUGAAAACGUCGACUAUUUAAAAACGCAACAAAUUUCCUUUCCCCGCUUUUGUUUUAUGAAUUUCAGGUGUAUUUUGAAGUUUUUGUGUGUCAAACCGGAAAGUAUUAGGUCAAGUGGGCGGAGACACAAUCAGAGAGGCAUUAAUCAGGCUUUGGACUUGCUAGAGGAGCUUUUAAACUUGUUGAAUUUAGUCGUGGGGCCCGACAUUUGGACUGAGGAGGCUCAGACGCCCCAAAUUCACGAAAUUCGGAGACAAAUGAAUGAUGUUUUGGUCGAUUACGGAGACGCUUUGGAGUUUUUCAGAGUUGAGGCCGCUGGUGACGACUCGAAUUUGCAAAAUAGAGUUACUCAAUUGUGUGUUUUGCAUAAUUGUAGCGAGUUUUUGGCCCGAUUUGUGCCCUUGGAGCAAACCGGGAUUAUUCUCCCGAGAAAUUUGAAAAAUUCGCUCGCUGAUAGUCUCGUUGAUGUCACAUUACUGAAACUAUAUCCUGAUUUGUACAAUAUUCUCCUCAAUUAUGUCCAAAGUUUCAAAGUGGGCCUCGACAGUGACUCUAUAGUAAAAUACCACGAAACGAAGCGCGUCUGUGAUAGCAUGACCUCUGCCGUUGAAUUUAUGAGGCAAUAUCGUAGUUUAAAUGCCCACGAAGGCAUAAUUUUGGCCGAAAAGUCUCUACCAUGCCUUGAAUUUCACCAAGAUUUGACGUUUGUAAAACAAGUGAUUGAUUUAAGUGCCAAUAAACUACCCCUCUACCCCAGCGACGACACAUUAUCCGAAACAUUUGAAACCGUCAUUUUGAAAUUGUUGGGGCACAAUUUAGAGACAGUCCGGGAAGAGACCUACAAGUUAUGUCAAAAACGCAUAAUUGAGACAAUCGGGCCCAAAUUAAACAAGUCCGGGACUGGCAUGCCGGGCUCUCAGAUUUUGUUUCUCUGUCGAAAUAAAAUCUUAGUUGAAAUAGCGUGCCAUGGAUUGACUAGUGACAAUCCACAGAUACGUAAUUCUUCCGAAAACAUUUUAAUCCACUUAAUUAAGUGUAAAAUACUCGUUUCGGGUGAUAUUUGGGAUAAAAUAGUCGAGGCGUUAAUCGGCUCAUUACCGGUCUUGUUAUGUCACGUGACCAAAAAAGAAUCGCUCGGCCGCAGCCUGCUCGAUAUUACCGACCCCGACACGGCUGAGACUUUAUUUUUGCCAAAAAGUGAGGUGGUCAAAGCCAAUAUUUGUUUGUUGUUCACUGACGAAAGUCAAGUCCGUGAGGAGGCUUUCUCGCGUCUUUGUUGGCUUCUAGCCGCGCAAACCGACUCGAAAGAGAUGCUACCAAGACUGAACAAUCUCUACGACAAGGCCCUACCCAACGUGUGUCAAAUUCAGCGACUUUUCGACGUUAAUAAAAAUCGAACCACGCAACAUUUCUACCAACCGAGUAGUUUGCACCAAGUUUUGGAGCUUUUAAAAUCGGAGAAUGUCGAACCGGUGAUUCGCAGAUCGGCUCUGACUCAAAUCAGUGUCAUGAUGGAAGAUUCUUUACUACAUUCCACUUUUUUGGCUCACAAUGGAAUUGAGAUUUUAUUAAGUGUGGUCAAGUCGGCUUUGACUGAGAAAAAUUUCAUGGAUUAUCCCGAUUCGGUGAUUCCCGCAGUCGCCAUUUUGAAAAACUUGUGUUUGUUCCAGACGAGUGCGAGGCAGUGCUUCGCUGAAAACAUCGAUGUUUUUUACAAUGUUUUACGAAGUUUAUUUAUGUUUUUCACCGGGGAUAAGUUGAGGCACGAUGCCGUUUGUCUUUUGUUUCUCUUGUGUUUCAACGAGUUUAUCAAAGGGACUCCGGCUAAGGCGAAUUUUUCAGUGCCUCACUUGAUUAGUGCGAAAUUACACGUACCGUUUGUGUGCAACUCUCACUGGGAGAUUAGUAAUUAUUAUGAGGCAAGCCUCGUGGAAUUGUUGGCUUCAGAUCCGUCCUGUUUUACCUCAAUUCAGAUACAGUGGAAUUGUGAAAUUUUCGGCGGUUUGGACGAAUUAUUAUCGAUGAAACGAAUCGAUUAUGAUGGGAAAAAUAUUGUGGAGGGGUUGAGGUUGAGGCAGUACGAUUUGGCGAUUUUGCAAGCCUCUAGUGUUGAUUUUUACGUGAGGCACCACUUGAUUGAGGUACAAAACGGGACGAUGCACGAAUGCGUUAUCAACACGAUAAAUAAAUUAACAACGUACGUGAUUUUGAGCAAAUUAAUACCGAAACAAGACACGUUUUUGGACCAUCCUUGGGAGGGCACAUUUUCGCGCUUUUUGAAAAUCCUGCCGUCGAGUGAGGACGACACGAAGCUGCUAAGUCACGUCUUGAAGUUUUUGCUACAUUUGGCCCCAUUUUACAAGUCUUCAGAGAAACCGUUUUGGCUCAUCCAAAUACUCAAAAACCCAUCAACGUGUCUCCUUGAUUUGAUAACAGUAGAGCCGUCAUCAAGUGACGAUUUAAAAAACUUGAGUCAGGAUUUAUUAAAUUUGGUUACUUUGUGUGCCACACAAGAACAACAUUUUUUGGAUUAUUACAACUAUUCCGGCUCAAAAGUGCCACAAACUGGUCAAACGUCGUGGAUUAAUGUCAUUGAGAUAAUCUCAAAUUGUUUAAAAUUCACCGACAGCAGCCACUUUUACAACCUUUCUUAUUUGGACUCGUUACUCGCAUGUUUGGUACACCUGACGGCCAGUUUGGGGUGGAGCGGCUCGAAACCUAACUCACACCCGAAAAAACUCCUCUCCGAAUUGGUUUCAUCCUUGUGUGAAUUGGUUGUCGUGUUUCAUUGUAGCAAAGGCCAAACGGCCACGGUCUCAGUCAUGGGUUUGAGUAUCACUCGGAAUGUUAUUUUGAUACUCAACCAUCUCGUGGCCGAAAUGCACAACUCGAAACUCAAAAAUUGGGAACGUUGUUUCCUCGACGUGGACGAAAACGAUUGGUUGAAAAGUUUUCUAGUGUUGUGGUCGAGUAGGGAUGUGUUAUUGCGAGCUGGAGCUUUGCAAUUAUUUGCAGGAUUGGCAAAAUCACCGAUGAUUGCCAUCAACAUUGUCAAUGAGUUAAAAAAUGACAAUCACGUGUGGGACUUGGCACUGAGUGUUUUAUUAGAGCACGAAGAGGCGAGUGUCGUAAGGGAGAAUUGCGCAUUCUUAUUGGCGAAUUUAUUGGGACACUCUGUAGAUUCAGAUACGACAAUGAUAUUGACCAGUCUUGUACCAAACACCAUGCGAAAGGGCAAAGACGAGGUUACUACAAUUUUUGAGUUAUUCGAGGACUAUCAAUUUUAUAAAAACUUGGUUAUUAUUUUGACGCGACUUUAUACACUCAAUAUUAGUAAUUUUGAUACUCAAAGUGUGUCACAAGUGUGCUGUGAUGACUCCUCGAGUAGUAGUACCAACAGUACGGCCCAGACUUUCGCACCAGUGGCGCCAUCUUUAGUUAAAAGUUUAGCUAACUUACUUUUAAGUUUAUUUAACUUGAAUGAGGAGCGGUUAAGUUACAAAUUACAGGAUUUUGGGAUUAUUAAAUUGUUGCUUAAGGCCGUUUGUAAUCCCAGUAUGAGUAUCAACGAUACGAAAAAAUUGUCUCUCUAUUGUGAAAUUGUCGAAAUGGAUGCCACUAUUUGUACUUUAUUAAGUCACGUGGUUUGUGUCAAUACGACUUGCCUGGGUACUGUUCUACACACUAGGGAUUGUUUGACAGUUUUGUUGUCACUACUAAAUCCAAAACUAUAUCAUACGCAUCUGCCCCAAUUGUUGUGUUUGCGUAACCGACUUUGGAGCGAGAUUUUCCGACUUUUGUCGAUCCUCACAUCGGCUGGGAAUUUCGACCAAUCAGCGCUCCGUAUUUUGAGCGAAACAAUUGAAGAGUCGGGUGCACCAUUUGUCGAGACUGUAUGCGAGGCAGCGAAAAGUCUGGCUUUUGACGAUUUGCAGACCUCGGCCCUGUUGUCACUCACCGCAUUGUCGUCACAUAUGCAACAUUUGUUGGAUUCGCCCCAAAAUGGGGCGUGUGUUGCGGAAAUUUUGCUGAAUUUGUACGAAUUGUGCGAUUUGAAAGCGUCGAAAGGUUUAGUUCGGAAGAAGUCCGUUAUUACGGGGGCGCUAACGUCGGUAUUGGGGGUGUCACACGAGGCGAAAAAGUACGCGAUGGGGGCAGGCCUGCCAACUGUUAUUGUUAAACAAUUGAAGGAGUUUCAUCUCAAGUUGGGUUUGGAGUCUGUCGAUUGUUUGCGGCGAGUUUUAGAGAAAAAACGAGUCUGUCCGGUGUUGAAAGACUUGGAUGAGUUGGUGGGUUUGGUCACAAAUUUCAUGGUGGGUGAUGGAAGUGUCAAAGAUAAAUUUGCUCAAUUGGGUUUGAGCGAUUUCGUCCAUAAAUUAUGGGUAUGGUUUGCGUUACAAAACGGCCAUUUUGUCAACGUUUUGAAAAUGUUGGCAACAUUUACAGCGGAUUGUGUGACAGCUUGUCAAAGUUUGCCGUUGACGAGUUCAGUUGCCGGCACUGGGCCUCGAAAGAUACCAACCAAAAUCUCCUUACUUCAUGUCAUUAUCAGCUUGAUUGAUAAGGAAAUGGAGCAAGUGAGUAGGACUCACAAUUUGAGUGUUCUUGAACUGUGUUUCGUCAUUUUGAAAAACUGUUGCUCGGUUUUAGAGUGUCGAAUUUUAAUUUGUAAAAGCCCAUUUUUGAAUAGUGUAGGCCGUUUACACCCCGCCAUUACCAAAAAACAGAAGCCUUGGGACUUCGUCGAGUCACUGUGGUUGGAAUUUUUGCAAAUUUUUUCGCUAUAUCCGGAAGGGCAAUCACACAUUGCCAAAAACGGCGAAGCUUUCGAUUUAAUUUUAACUCUGACCUCCGGUAAACUACCGAAUCGGACAACCGCGCUUUUGGUUUUGAGGAACAUAGCGUUCUACCAACCUAAUCGGUCGAGACUGUUGACGUCAGCCGAAUUUCUGAAUUUGUUGAAAGGCAAAUUAGCGAAUGGUACUCGGGAGGAGAAAGCGGCUGUUGUUUUAACCAUGUGGUCUCUUUCUGCCAACAACCAGAAGGCAAAAAUCGCUUUCAAAGCUGCGAAAUUGGACACGCAGUUAGAGCAAAUGUUGAAACAUUACCAGUUGUCGUCAGAGGUACCAGAUGAGGAAAUUGAGACAGCAAAAUAUGUUUUAAGUGUGAUUGGGGACAGGGAUUUAUGAUGUUUUUACUUUUGUACUCAUUUUAUUUCUAACGUAAGUGUAAUAAUUAAACUUUUAACUCAUUUGUAUAUUGCGUAAA